AUCAGUUUGUCUUCAACUCUUCAAGCAACUCUACAAAUCAUAUAUCCUGUGCUAUAACCGCAUUGCGCGAUUCAAUUGAUACUAAUAAAGCGAUUUUUAAAUAAAACUAUUGAUUAUUCUAGAUAAAAAAAACGUGGUUAUAUUUAAUAAUUUUGUGUGAAAAUGGCUGCUAUGUCUGUGAUUGGAAUUGAUUUUGGUAAUGAAUCUUGCUAUGUUGCGGUCGCCAAAUCCGGCGGUAUCGAAACUAUUGCUAACGAUUAUAGUUUACGAGCAACACCAACAUAUGUUGCGUUCGCUCAAAAAAAUCGUAUACUUGGUGUGGCUGCCAAAAAUCAACAAGUUACAAAUAUGAAAAACACCGUAUAUAAUUUCAAACGGUUAUUAGGUCGUUUCUACAAUGAUCCAGAUGCUCAGCGAGAGUUAAAACUGUUACCUUAUCGAUCAGUACAAACAGAUAAUGGAAAAAUUGGUAUCAAGGUGAAUUACCUUGGUGAAGAGCAUACAUUCUCGCCAGAACAGUGUACAGCAAUGUUAUUAACAAAAUUAAAAGAUGUAUCGGCGACUGCAUUACAAACUCAAGUAAACGAUUGUGUCAUUUCUGUACCAUCAUACUUCACAAAUGCCGAGCGUAAAGCAUUACUGGAUGCUGCGUCAAUUGCUGGCCUAAACGUACUUCGUUUAAUGAACGAAACAACAGCAACAGCGCUAGCAUACGGUAUUUAUAAACAAGAUUUGCCAGUACCAGAAGAGAAACCACGUAAUGUAAUAUUUGUGGAUUGUGGACAUUCAUCAUUACAAGUAUCAGCAUGUGCAUUCCAUCGUGGUAAAUUACGUAUGCUUGCAUCAGCUGCUGAUCCAAAUUUUGGUGGCCGUGAUAUAGAUUUAUAUUUAGCUAAUUACUUUUGUCAAGAUUUUCAACAACGAUAUAAAAUUGAUGCAAAAUCAAAUCCAAGAGCGUUUGUACGUUUAUUAGCUGAAGUUGAAAAAUUAAAAAAACAAAUGUCUGCUAAUUCAACAGUAUUACCACUAAAUAUUGAAUGCUUUAUGGAGGAUAAAGAUGUUCAUGGUGAAAUGAAACGGGCAGACAUGGAAGCAAUGUGUGCUGGUCUGUUUGAGCGUGCUGAACAAACAUUAGUACAAUGUUUACAACAAUCAAAAUUACGGCCUGAUGAUAUUCAUUCCGUGGAAAUAGUUGGUGGUUCAACAAGAAUUCCAGCAUUAAAACAAUUAAUUGAAAAAGUAUUUGGACGAACACCAAGUACAACUUUAAAUCAAGAUGAAGCUGUUUCACGUGGUUGUGCAUUACAAUGUGCUAUGCUAUCGCCAGCUGUACGUGUUCGUGACUUUAGUGUAACUGAUGUACAACCAUAUCCAAUUAAAUUAAGUUGGGAUGCAAGUAUGGGUGAAGAUGCAGAAGGUGAAAUGGAAGUAUUUCCAGCUAAUCAUCCAACACCAUUUUCAAAGUUACUCACGUUUUAUAGACGUGAGCCAUUUGCAAUUCGUGCAUCUUAUUCUGAAAACGUUCCGUAUCCAGUACCUGAAAUUGGUGAAUGGAUUAUAAAAGAUGUAAAACCAACAUCUGAGGGUGAUUCACAAAAAGUUAAAGUAAAAGUUCGUAUUAAUAUUCAUGGAAUUUUAAGUAUCUCAAGUGCAUCAUUGAUGGAACGUAAAGAAACAGAAGAAGCUGAUAACGCAGAACAACAGAAUCAAAAACAAGAUGGUCAACAGCAAAACCAAGAAAACAAUGUAGAAAAUGGUGAAGUAAAUAAUGCCGGUGGGAAUCAAGAUAGUCAAAAUAUGGAAAAUCCCACUGAGGUAGGUGGUGGAUCAGGAACGAGUUGGACGCAAAGGAUAACCACCUGGUUUAGUAAGCCGAAUGAAACAACUGAUAAAAAGAAACGAAAGCAGAUUGUUAAAACAAUUGAUUUACCAAUUGAAGCCCGUACGCAUGGCUUCAGUUCUCAUGAGUUGAACAACUUAGUUGAGCAAGAAUGCAAAAUGAUUUCAGCUGAUCGACAAGAAAAGGAACGGGCCGAUGCACGUAACGCCUUAGAAGAAUAUGUAUACGAACUACGUGGAAAAUUAUCGUCUGAUGGAGAAUUAAGUGCAUUUGUUACAGAAAGUGAUCGUGUCAAUCUUGUGAAUCAAUUAGAUGCCAUGGAAAAUUGGUUAUACGAAGAAGAAGGUGAAGAUUGUAAUCGUCAAAUAUACCAUGAUAAAUUACAAUCGUUAAAAACACAAGGUGAACCCAUACAAGUACGUCGUUUGGAAUAUGAUUUACGACCUCAAGUAAUUGAACAAUUAGCUGCAUCAUUACAAAUUUCAUCAAAAGCCUUGAACCAAAUACGUGCACGUGAUCCAAAGUAUGCACAUUUAAAUGACGAUGAUGUCAAUAAAAUAGCACAAGCUAUCGAAAAAACACAUAAUUGGCUAGAGGAUGUACGUAGCAAAUUAUCAAAUGCACCCAAACAUUUACCACCGCCAGUGUAUGUCAGUGAAAUACGUCAAGAGAAGCAAUCAUUAGAGAGCACAAUCAGUCCUAUAUUAAAUAAACCACCACCAAAACCAGCAACUCCACCAAAGGAUGACAAAGAAGGUGGUGAUAACAACCAAUCAGCGGAUCAACAAGCAAAUCAAGAUCAUACGAAUAGUCAGAAUAAUGCAGAUGAAAAAAUGGAUGUAGAAUAAGUAUCGAGAUUUAUUUAAUAGAUCCUAUUUUUUAUAA